AUGUCAGGUGCUAGUCAUACAUCCGCAAACGAUCAAUCCGCUGCCAAUUCUAGUACCCAUUCAGCAGUGAGCGCUCCGUCUAUCAAGGCUGAGAAUGGUGAUUCUAAAAAUUCUCUCGAAGCUGCCACGGGUGAUCUACCUAUUGACCUGCCACAAAAGCCUCUCUCUGCAUACACCACCGUUGCAAUCCUGUGCCUAAUGAUCGCAUUCGGCGGUUUCAUCUUUGGCUGGGACACUGGUACCAUCUCCGGUUUCGUUAACUUGUCCGACUUCGUCAGAAGAUUCGGCCAAAAGAACGGGAAAGGAGGCUACUAUUUAUCCAAGGUCAGAAUGGGUUUGAUUGUCUCAAUAUUUAACAUCGGAUGUGCUAUAGGUGGGAUUGUCUUGUCAAAAGUCGGCGAUAUUUAUGGCCGUCGUAUUGGUCUAAUUACAGUCACCGCCAUCUAUGUCGUAGGCAUUCUGAUCCAAAUAACCUCGAUAGACAAGUGGUACCAAUACUUUAUUGGAAGAAUUAUUUCUGGACUAGGAGUUGGGGGCAUUGCCGUGCUCUCCCCGAUGCUUAUAUCAGAGGUCUCCCCCAAACACAUCAGAGGAACCCUUGUUCAACUGUACCAGCUUAUGGGUACUAUGGGCAUUUUUCUGGGUUACUGCACCAACUACGGUACCAAAAACUAUCAUAACGCUACCCAAUGGAGAGUCGGCCUCGGGCUUUGCUUUGCCUGGGCCACCUUCAUGGUUAGUGGAAUGAUGUUCGUUCCGGAAUCACCACGUUACCUGAUCGAAGUUGGUAAGGACGAGGAAGCCAAGCGUUCGUUGGCAAAGUCCAACAAAGUCUCAGUCGACGACCCUGCCCUGCUCGCCGAAUACGACACCAUAAGAGCAGGCAUUGAAAUUGAAAAGCUCGCAGGUAAUGCGUCAUGGGGUGAACUGCUAUCCACGAAAACAAAAGUUUUUCAACGUGUGCUCAUGGGAGUAAUGAUCCAAUCUCUGCAGCAAUUGACAGGUGAUAACUAUUUCUUCUACUACGGUACAACCAUUUUCAAGUCGGUCGGAUUAAAGGACUCCUUCCAGACAUCUAUCAUCAUCGGGGUGGUCAACUUUUUCUCUUCAUUCAUAGCAGUGUACACUAUUGAAAGGUUCGGACGUCGUACAUGCCUAUUGUGGGGCGCCGCCUCCAUGCUGUGCUGCUUUACUGUGUUCGCCUCUGUCGGCGUUACAAAGCUGUGGCCUCAGGGAAGCAGCCACCAGGAUAUUACUUCUCAGGGCGCUGGUAACUGUAUGAUCGUCUUUACCAUGUUCUUCAUUUUUUCGUUCGCCACCACUUGGGCAGGCGGCUGUUUUGUUAUAGUGUCAGAAACCUUCCCUCUUAGAGUCAAAUCAAGGGGCAUGGCGGUUGCAACAGCAGCAAACUGGAUGUGGGGUUUCCUGAUUAGUUUCUUCACGCCCUUUAUCACCGGUGCAAUUAACUUUUACUACGGUUACGUCUUCCUAGGCUGUCUAGUCUUCGCCUACUUCUAUGUGUUUUUCUUUGUCCCAGAAACGAAAGGCCUGACGCUGGAAGAGGUCAACACAAUGUGGAUGGAGGGCAUUCCACCAUGGAAGUCUGCUUCAUGGGUGCCACCAGAAAGAAGAACGGCAGACUACGAUGCAGAUGCGAUAGGUCAUGAUGAUAGACCAAUCUACAAAAGGUUCUUCUCCAGCUGA